AUGGCGAUGUCGCCACGCUGCCUGGAGUCUUCUGCUCCGGUGCCACCACGUCGGGCCUUGCUCCUGCUGCCCAGAAGGCGUCCACCGUUAGAGGGUGCUGUUCUGGCGGCGAUCGUAGCGGCAGCUCCACCGCUUCUCCGAGCUCGGCAAUGUUUGACACAGACUUUCAAAUCAAAGAGAUGCAAGGAACUUCCGCUUGGGGCGGCCUGCCUGGUGCUGUCUUCGGGUUCGGGUCACGCAGAGGUCGGGAGAAGGCUGGGCCGCAUCCACGACAUCCUCCAGGAAGCGGAGCAACUGCUGGGAGGCUCGGAAGAGGCGGAGAUGGAGGCGCUCCAGCUCAGCCAGCACCUGAGGAGCUGCAGGGACGACCCCGGCCGACUGGGGCCCGGUGUGGGGCGCCUCAGUGCCUGGCUGAAAGAAAGUGCGUCGCAGGGUCGCCGCUUUCUGGGUGGAGACAGGCUGUCUUUGCGCAGCGACGUUGCCCUCGUCGGUGCACUGCUCACAUCUCGCUCCUGGUGUCGCCGCCUGGCUGGUGCUUCACUGCAGAAGCUGCAAGCUGCGAAACAGCCUUUGAAAGGGACUGACUUGGUCCUGCAAUGGAUGCUGACGGUCUUGAAUGAAGAGCCGUGCCAGCAGGCAUUGAAAGCGGCACGUGACUUGGAAACCUCUUGGCCCUCGUUGCACGACGAGGUCCUUCCCCCCGAGCUUUGCGACUUCCUCCGUUCCCUUGAAGUGCCAGAGCCGCUCUGCGCACAGGAGCUGCUCUCGGCCAAGGAGAGGGAAGAGCUGGAAGAGGAGCAGAGGCAGGCGGAGCUCGCCGGCAUUCCCCUCAUAAAGGCCGUGCAGCAUGGGGACGUUGAGGCAGUUCGCAGCCUCCUAGAAUCGGGUGUGAGUGUGGAUGCAAAGUUUCGGACCAAGCACCACGAAGUGCGGCUGGAGCACAUCGCCUGUGCAGUGGGCGUGUCUCGUCCUGCAUGUCGCCAACACGACGACGACCACCCUGCCAAGCUCAUAGCUCGAGACCUGAAUCUUCAACUCUUUCCGGAUCGGGAUCCCGGCAUGGAAGCAAAAGGCAUCGAGAUCUUGCGAUUGCUCGUCGAGUACCGAGGAUCGCUGGAGGCCUUGGACUCCGACGGCGGGACGCCGGCGUUUUAUGCGGCCAUGGCAGGAAAUGUGCGCUGCUUUGAGCACAUGCUGCAGGCAGGAGGUGAGAAGGUCUUUCACCACCAGGAUUAUUUGGACCGAUAUCCACUCUACUGGGCAACAUCAAACGACCAGCCGGCCGCGGUCCAGUGGUUAUUGCAGCACACUUGCUUGCCCGUGGUGCGAAUCUCAGUUGUGUGGGGUUUGUAA